CAGUUAGUAACUUCCUUAAGGGUUAGUAAGACCAGGAUAACCCAAGCCAAGCACUGAGUGGCUUAUUUUCCCUUAGGGUCCCGUCGCAGGAUGCCACCAACAACAGUCUAGUGACUCCUGGUUGACUUUUUUACUGCAAGAAUACUAAGAGCAGCAGAUGAACCAUGCGUAAGGAUUUAUCAGAGUUUGAGUUGUUCUUUCUGACCACCAAGGACUACCAGGAUACCAUGACUCUCCUGCACCACCUGCCCUCCAGGAUACCUCUGUGCCAGGCAGCUGGGCAGAUCACAACGAGGUCAUUAGGAGAGCCAUUUGAGCAAGACAUUCGAGAGUGCUUGGCAUCAGGUGUGUCUGUAGGUGCCAGACACAAGGUGACCCAGAUGCUGGUUGGGGUUGUGCUCAACAAGACCUUCAACCUGGAAGUUCUCGGCAAGAUUUCUUCAAUGGAUAAUUUGAGUGCGCUUUACCGUGUUUUGGAGAAGCUCUACGAUGGUGUCACUGUAUUUGAAGAGAUUGACGCCCACAGAAUGCUCUACUUAAUUUUCCUCUGUGUCCAUGAAGAUGUUGGAAAUCGUGGCCUCGGAGGAAGACUUUUACAGAAAACUGUGUCACUUGGGGCAGAGCGUGGAUACCAAGCAGUGAUCCUGGAGGCGGCUAACAGUCUCACAGCCAAGAUCUGCACUCGUCUUGAAUUUGAGACUCUGAAAACCCUCGAUCUGACCACCUUGUAUGAUUACCUUGGUCUUGAAAACUCCAUUACAUCUGGUGAAACGGACUUCAAGCUCAUGCUAAAACGUCUUCCAAACAACAUUAAAACUGUGAAAUGUUAAAUCAUCAUUAUUUGCACUGAUAUAUAUUAUUAUUAUAAUCAUAACUAAACCCACAAGGGUUAUACAGAACUGUACAUUGAUAUAUGCACAUACUGCACUCCAUGGGAAGUGGAGAGGAAUCCCUCCUCCAUAAGCCAUGAGUGUUGUAAGAGAUGACUAAAAUGCCGGGAGCAAGGGGCUAGUAACCCCUUCUCCGUAUAAAUUACUAAAUUUAAAAGAGAAACUUUCGUUUUUCUUUUUGGGCCACCCUGCCUUGGUGGGAUACGGCCGGUGUGUUGAAAGAAAGAAGAAAAAGAAAACUAUCGUUUUUCAUUUUAGCUGUGCCUUGGUGGGAUACGGCCAGUACACAAAAAACAAAAAUACAUGCUGCACUAUACAGCCUCUCCUCACUUAGCGACGUACUCAUUUACCGACGACUCAGACUUACGAUGGGCUCUCUGACCAUUAUUACAAUAUACAGUACACUACUGUAUAAACGUUUAAAAAUACAGUAUACCAGAAAUGUUAUAAAUGGUGCAAAGGUGACAUUAAAAUAAUAUCAAAGAUGGCUGACACAAACCCACUACCAUUAGAAUAUGCCCCUCAGUGACGAAUUCACUUACUGACAUGGUCUUAGAAACGGAACUCCGUCAUUAAGUGAGGAGAGGCUGUGUAUAUUUUUAUAUUUACAUUUAAGGGUAAGCAGUAGAUCCACAGGGGUCAUACAGUACCUGGGGGAAUGGGAGGCACUCAAGUUCAAUUGAAGGAAGGCAAAGACAGGUCUAACUCAUUGCAUCACGAGCCACUUUCCAGCACUGAGAAACCUUCCUUGAGGGAUGUACACAAACACUAACACCUCUUGGAGUGCAUUAGCCUCAACACAUGCAGAAGCAUUUUAUUUUGGUAAAUCAUUUCGACAUUAAACAAAUAUUUCCUUUAUUUCACUUUACAUUAAUUUCCACUCACUUAUUCCACUAAGAUAUAACACUGAUGGCAAAAUAAAUUUUCAGUAAUAAUGUGCCCCCUCUUACAAAAUAUACAUGCAAGUAUACUGGAAACAUAAUUAUAGUAUUUCCUUGGGAAACUAUGCAGAUAUAAAAAAUAACAAUGCAAAGCACAAUUAUCCAUUCAGACAUUUGACCUCUGCCCUCAGUGUCCUUGACCUCUGAACCUAUUACUCAAAAAGGAACACAUUCUGUACAUGCUCGGCACUGCAAGAUGGAGAGACAAUGUCAGCAUCUGAACCCUGGUAAAAACAGCCUUAAGAUACAUAUUUAAUGUUUAGAGAAAAACUAAAUUCUUAUAUUUAUUUCUUAUUUAACUAAAAUGUUUUAAUCAAAGUUCAGAUGCUGAUGUCAUCACGCCAUUUUGCAAUGCUUCAUAUCUAAGUGGAAAUGAUAAGACAUGCAACGUAUUAUGACAAGUUUUCAGCUAACACAAAGAUUCACAUAUACACACACACAUCUGUGUUGAUGCUACCCAUUAGUCAUAUUUACCCAAGAGGAGAAGAUAAAACCUGUAAAUCUCAUCAAUCUUUAAUUUUAAUGUAAAAUCUACUUUUAUGCAUAAAAUAUCCAAACCCUAACAAAA